AUGGCACUCGAGCUCGAAGGCCAAAGUGCCAUUGUCACAGGCGGUGGCUCAGGCAUCAAUCUAAAGUUUGGUUGUUCCGUCGUGAUAGCCGAUCUCAACCUCCGUCCCGAAGCCACACAGCUUCUAGCCGAGUACCCUCACGACACACCAGCGGCAAACAGCUCCAAGCCAUCCGUACUAUUCCACAAGACGGACGUCACAUCAUGGCCACAGCUCACCUCGCUCUGGAAAAAAGCAAUCCAAGUCCACGGAAAGGUAGACAUAGUAGUACCUGGCGCCGGCAUCUUCGAGCCCGAGUGGAGCAGUUUCUGGCGCGCUCCCAAGACGGACACAAAUCCAGAUACACCGUCAAGGGACGCUGGUGACGCAGAGCCUGGUCGGUAUGCCGUUAUUGACUUGAAUCUCACAGCCCCUAUUCGACUCAGUCAGAUGGCCAUUGGACACUGGACCACGAAUAAACAGAAGGGAUGUUUGGUCAUCGUAGGCAGCAUCGCGGGAUAUUUGGACACGCCGAUUCGGCCGCUGUAUCACGCAACGAAACAUGGCAUUCACGGAUUCGUAUCGUGCAUGGCAUCACUUCGUGAUUCGCUCGGCAUUCGAGUUGGUGCUGUGGCUCCCGGAGCUGUUGACACUCCGAUUUGGGACCAAGGGUUUCCACUGACAAAGGAAAUGAGAGACGACAUGGCAUGGGUGGAUGUGGACGAGAUCGUGCAGGCCAUGUACCAGUUGGUAGUGGACAAAAACAUGGGCGAUGGGACGAUACUCGAAGUCCUGAGCUCGGCGACCAGAGUUCUACCAAGAUUCCCAGGUGCUUCGCAAGAGGUGAUUGACAUAGCUGCUGCUGGCUAUUUGAAGGCAGAAGGUCCUUUCUUGGCUGAACUGAAGAAGAACGGGCUGCGAGUCUAG